AUGCUAGAACCAAUUCAUCUCCUCAUUCUGGGGGCUGUUACAAUGUUGGGUCUCAUGGUAUUCCGAGCACUCAGACUUCAGCAUGACCCUCGUGAGCCACCCGUCCUACCGAGCAAGAUCCCGGUGAUCGGUCAUCUACUCGGGAUGAUAUUUGAAGGUCUUCCGUAUUGGCAUAAAACUGCCAAUGAGAACCCAACACAUGGGAUAUUCACCUUGAACUUGCUGUUCACGAAGGUGUAUAUCGUUUCCUCAACCGAGGUCAUUCGUUUGAUGCAGCGCAAUCAGAAGACUCUCACGUUUGAUCCUGUCACCAGAUCCAGUAUCAAGGCAUUCAGUGGCAUCGAUGAUGAGCGAACACUGCGCCUCAUCAUCGGAGAGGCGUUGGACCGAAUGAACUUGAUCAUGAUGCGGAAUGUGAAGACAUAUUUCGACGAAUUGCAAGACACCCCCAGUCUCGAUUUGUAUCGAUGGGUACGAAAUAUGAUCACUGUUGCGAGCACCAGAGCAACGUAUGGACCGCUCAACAACCCUUACAAUGACCCCGAGGUUGCCGAUGGAUUUUGGGAUUUCGAGAACAAUUUAAACACCUUGCUGUCCAACUUCUUACAAUGGCUAACAGCGCGCAAGGCCUGGAAGGGCCGCAGAAAGGUGACUCGCGCUUUCUAUGCCUAUUACAAAAAGCACGGCAUCGAAGAAGGAUCUGCGUUGGCCAAAAUGCGAUACAACAAGUCGAUGAAACAGGGUAUGAGUUUGGAAGAUUUCUCGAAGCUAGAAGCGCCUGUUCUAUUGGCCUUCCUGUCAAGCACCGUGCCGGCAGUGUUUUGGGCUAUUUUCGAGCUGUUUUCCAAUCCGCAACUGCUGGCUGAAUUUCGAUCUGAAAUUGAGCUUAACGCACUGUCCAUCUCGGAGGAUGGUACGCACACAAUCAAUAUCACGGCUGUUAAGGAGCACUGUCCAUUCGCCCUGUCCUUUUUACAGGAAGUUUUACGUUUUCGCACAACUACAAUCACGCUUCGCCACAUUAUCGAGGACACGAUGCUCGCGAGUGCCAUCGGGAAGCGUGCUGAUGUAUGGGGAGAUAGUGCAGGGGUGUUUGAUCCGCGGCGAUUCCUCAAGGCUGAUCCGUCAAAGGCUAACUCGAAAGAACCUCGGCGUACGGGUGGAUUCACGGCAUUCGGCCUUGCGCCUGUCAUUUGCCCUGGGCGCCAUUUCGCCAGUACGGAGGUGUUGGGAGUUGCGGCCAUGAUGGCGUUGCGAUACGAUAUCAAUCCUGUCGGCGGUAUCUGGAAGGCUCCCUCAAUCAAUACUGGGGCCCUCAGUUCCAGCAUGAGUCCCGUGAAGGGCGAAUUCCUCGUCAACGUGAAGCCAAGGGAGAAGUAUGAAGGUGCCAAGUGGAUGUUCCAUUUCGAGGCAGGUCAGGGUCAGUCCGCACUUAAUGUGGGAUAG